AUGGAGGAGGUGGAGAUGGAGGUGGGGGAGGCGGAUGUGGAGGUGGAGAAGGAGGAGGAGGUGGGGGAGGCGGAGCAGGAAGACCUGGACCAGGAUGUCCUCCUGGUCAAGGAGGUCCAGAUUUUCCACCAGUCUGCAUGUGAUCUUCCUCUUCAGCAAUACUGCAUCAGCCACGGUGGAAAUCUGGCCUCCAUCCACUGCCAAGAGGAGUACGCCUUCAUCAGGAACUUUAUCUUCCAUGUAGCAGGAAACAGCAGAAGGACCUGGGUUGGAGGAUACGAUGGAAUAGAAGAAGGGAUUUGGCAGUGGAGCGAUGGUUCAAGGAAUGACUUCAGCAUGUGGGGCCCCAGAGGACCGAACAACUGCGAUACAGAGAACUGCAUGGAGAUCAACGUCAACGGUGUGGAGAUAAAACUCCUCUGCAUAUGGCUUCAUACACAAAACAGCUUAAUUAAAUUUACUACGCUGCAUUUCUUUAAUUAUGUUGAUCUUUGUUAUCAGGAGAAAAGAUGGCUGUGGAGUGAUGGAUCCAGCUUUGAGUUUGCACACUGGCACAACAACCAGCCAGACAACUCUGGAGGAAAUCAGCACUGCCUGGACAGAAAUUAUGGAGGUAAACAAAUAUUUACUUGACAUUAAAUUGUUUAUUUAAUCUCCUGUUUGCUGAUACAACUGGUGGAUCGUUCGUUAGUAGAACACUGAAAUGACUGCUCAUUUUUUCCCCAAAAAUCCCCAAAACAGGAGACGACUGGAACGACAUGCUGUGCACAAAUACCAGGCCGUUCAUUUGUUCUCAGGAUCUCUGAGGCAGCCAAGAUCAUCUCAGGCUUCUUCUGAGUUACAGUUCAAGUCAAAUUCAGCUGCACACUUUUAAUUUGCUACUUCUGUUCAUGAAAUUAACUCAACGUGAUUCUUUUUCUUCUCAUCGCUUUAAAAUUGUUAAAAUAUUAAUUUGGUUAUUGGGAUCUUUUAUGUUGGACUUUAAUAUCUGAAUAAAACUGAGUGAUAUGACUUGCCUGGACCUCCUUUCUAUGACUUUUGAAUUUUUCUUGAGGAUCAGGUGAAAAGCAAGAUAUUUAAAGAUCUCUUAAAUAGUCCCGGUUUAUUUCACUUGACUUCCUUUGUGGAUCAGAAAAUGGAGCAAAGUGAAGAGCUAUGCAUUUUUCAGUGUAUAUUAGUGACGAUGCAGCAGCUGCAUUACGUCACAACCUUUCAAAGUCCCAGAUGUUUUUGCAGCAGUUUUAUGUCCUGUCUGAAGGAGGCUGCUGCUGAUGCAUCAUCCACUUUAACUAAACAGAUUCCAUUUAGCCAAAUAAUACAUUCAAUCUAAUUUGUUUGUUGUUGUUGUUUUUUUUU